AUGGCCUCAACGUUGAGAGACUUUGUGAGAAUGAGUCCUCCCACUUUUCUUGGCUCUAAAGUGGGAGAGGAUCCCCAAGAGUUUCUAGAUGAAGUUUAUAAGAUAUUCCAAGCUAUGGGGGUAACCUCUAGGGAGAAAGCGGAGUUGGCUUCCUUUCAACUCAAGGAUGUUUCCCAAGUGUGGUUCACACAAUGGAAACCCAAUAGGCCUUUAGAAGCAGGUCCUAUAGAAUGGGAGGAGUUUAAGGGAGCUUUCCUUGGUAAGUACUUUCCCUGUGAGAAGAGGGAGUGUAAGAGGGUGAAUAGGGAUUUGAAGAGGGGUAGAUCCGAUGAGCAAGGUCAACCUAGGUUCAAGAAAAGGGCUCCAAACCAAGAAUUUUCAGAUGCUCCAAAGGUUAACCAAGAGAAAGGUGGUGGAUCUCAAUUUUCUAAACAUACUCGCACCACUUGUGGCAAGAAGCACUAUGGGAAGUGCCUAGCCGGUACUAAUGGGUGCUAUCGUUGUGGGAAAAAUGAUCACAAGGUGAAAGAUUGUACUACUCUUAUGGCUAGAAAAAGGGAGACUAAGCAAGCUUCUCUUAGUGGUCCGGAUCUAGUUUCUCAAAAGAGGAACCGUUUCUAUGCUCUCCAAGCUAACAAGAACAAAGAAGCUAAUCCGGAUGAAAGCACUGGUAAGUGA